AUGGGGACGAAUUCGUUGGAAAUGCUGCAGAGCCGACUUCUCCUAACGGUCUUCGAGAUUGGCCAUGCCAUAUAUCCCUCCGCAUAUAUCUCUACCGCAGCCAAUAUGCGAGCCGCAGCCUCCUUAGGGAUCAACGCCACCUGCAAGAACCUACGCUUCCGGGACCCAUGGAAAGUCGAGGAGGCACGACAGACUUGGCGGGGCAUUGUCAUCACUGAUAGAUAUGUCUCGCUAGAGAAUAGCCAAGCACCCAAUACUUACAGUGAUCGAUCUAUAGCCGCGGAAUCUAAAGAUUGGGCGAAGGUAGAAGUGGAUUCAUUCACUAGGUUAGCCUACGCAUCCCAGCUCUUAGACCGGGUGCUCGUUCAUAUCCAUACGACCCAAUCGAAUCCCCUUUUUGAUAGCGUCGAGGCGGUCCAGAUCCUCAAAUCCCUCACCUCGUUUCUGGUGACCUUCCAAAGCGGUGAUUCGGAUCCGCCGCAUCCUCUGUCGGAUAGCGCAUUAGCACUAUGUAGAAGUGCUAUGCUCGAAACCCUCGAGGUUGGAUCUCAUAUGAAUAUCCCCGACAAUGAGUAUUGUAUCCGCACAUCAAUUAAUAUUCUUAAGUCCCUCGCCCACGAGAUUGCACGCGGCGCGGAAAUCUCUCCCCCGGUUGAGAUGAUGACCUUGUCCGUGUUUCUCCCCCAUUGCAUAUACAAGGCCGCUAUGGUGUGUCUUGGCGAUGCCAGGGUAUCUGGGUGUGUCGAUCCGGAGUCGUUAAUCCAGCCCUUGAAAGACCUACUGGGCUACCUGGGCAUGAGAUGGAUGGCUGCAAAACGUUACUUGGCAAAACUUGAGUCAUCAUAG